AUGAAACAAGCCACUCGACCGCCCGCGCAGUACAUCGUAGCGCCCGGAACCCAAUUUCGUCUUGUCGCCAAUGAAUACGACAAGAACAAGUAUGGGCAGUGCAAUUAUGUCUCUUUCAGAACGUUGAUUAAGUGUAAACAGAUUCGCUCCAAAGACGAUCUUGCUCGAAACGGAGGCCAGUGUGAGGAGCACAAGGAGCUCGCAAAGGUUCUAGAACAAAAUCACCGAAAAGAAGUGCAGAGGUGCCAUGCGGAGAACGAUUCAAAAAUGGCCAGAAGGCGGUUUGAUCCAUGGAUUGUGUCGAAUGACUAUAUUUCCGACGACGACGAUUUUCUUCAAGCAAUCCAGGAAGUUCCAGUAGGCACUCAGGAAUUCGCCAACAACUCUAUUCUAGACAGUCAUCCAUUGAGAUACGCCGGUCGUUUCACCGAAAAAGACCUGCUUCGAAUCAAAAUGGACCUUGUCCGACAGGAUAUCACGGAUUUGGAGGAAUUCCGACGGCUGCUCACCGCUCAGGCACAGAAAGAGCACGAGUUGAUGUUGAUGGACGAGGAGGAUGAUGAUGAACUACCCACUGAUAUGGCACAACGACGUGUGAUUCGAGCAGCUGAGAAGUACGGAAAACUGGAUGAUCUAGUGCUUACGACAACGGACCCGGUAUUCAAGCCAUGCUGUGUUGGACCCGAAAUGGACGAUCAACAAGUCAUCAAUCACGUUAUUCACAGUCUUCUAGCGAAAGUAUGUGGUUCAACACCGAUUUCGGUCCCCGAGGAGAAGUGCAAGAAUGCAGCGCUGCCUUUGAACAAAUUUUGCAUUGAUCACAUUCUACUAGAUCGUGGCCAGAAAUUGUUCAGCAUGUGCAGAGAGUGUGGAGCCACAGCGAUCGAUGGGAAGAAGUCGAGAUGUUCGGUGCAUAUGAGAGAGCACGCGAGAUCGGACAUCAGAUGCGCCUGCUCGAGAUGUAUUCCAGAACCAUCGCCACGAAAAAUUCAUAGUAGCCGAACCAGUUCUUCUCGUGCUUCUGAAAUCAAUAUAUUGGACGACGAUGAGGGUGCGCUGGGCAACUUGUCAAGGAUCGAGUCGAUGGCCUCCCCGAUGACCCAAUUCGGCGGCUUAUCCUCUUCGCAUCAAUCCACCAGCGGUGGACCGCCCGUUCGCCGUUACCAUGGAUCGCCGGCUCAGCUGCUACGUCCACCACAAAUGGGACCACCGCCUGGAACAGUACCGUACCAAAAGCCACGUAUGGGACCUCGAGAGCCACAAACAAUGCUCACUCAACAGCAGCUCCACGAGCAACACCUACAGAAGAUUCAGGAGGAGGAAGCGAAGAGUUUGACGUGUGCGAGAGUUCGCCCCUUGGAUCCCAGUUCGUAUGGAGAGGGCAAGAGAAAACAAGAGGCUCGUCGCACCCCAUACACGUCUGCUCCUCGCCAUCCAUCGACACCGUACCCCCACAAUAUUCAAAGGAAGACGCCAACGCUUGUCUCGCCGCCAGGAGGCAAUAAAAUGACAUUCCAGGGCUGGAAAACGCAUGCAGCUAGUGGGACUACGCCACGUGGCUCCACCAAUUAUCCGGGAUUAGGACCCACACGAUACCCCCAACAACAACAACGACAGCCACCACAACCGAAGAAUAUCCCGCUAGAGAGAGUACAGGAGCCGAAGCAUCCCGAUGAACUCGUGGAGGCUGAGUCGCCUGCGAAAUAUGCUCCAGAACCGCAGAGACGAGGAGUGCCCUACUAUAAGAAUGCGUAUAGAAAAGUCGAUGCAUCACCAAGCCAGCAGCAGUACCGUAAUCCUCCUCCAUCCCUCCAACCAUCAACUUCCACGUCAUCAUCUCAGCUACUCGGACCACCACAAUCCCCUCAUGGAUCACCGAAAAUGUACCGACCACCGGCCGGCGGUCGACCGCUUCCAAUGGCUCCGCAUCGUGCAAUUGCUGCUGGUCUGAAUCCGGCAGAUGUGGGCGGAGUCUCCAGAUCCGCACAGUUUAGAAUGCAACAACCACCACACCGUCUUCAAAGAGCCCCAGGAGCACCACAACCUACAGUAAUCCAAAGCCCACCAGGAGCUACAGUACCCCAAACACCACCGCGACCACAAGCUACAUCAACCCAAGGGCUGNCAGGAAUCGCUACAGUACUUCAUGGACCAAAUAAAGCAGCGGCACCACCAGCAGCUACAGUAUCCCAGCCAGCUACCGUAACCCAAGGAGCACCGGCACGCCGCACGACCGCCACCACCUACCGUAUCCAAGGACCCGCAAUUCAGAGGAAUGCUUCAGGAUCGACGUCAACGUCUUCUGAAGCGUCUCCAAGAGGCUCGGCGGCGUUCCACGCAGUCAGCGCGUUGGAUUCAGCUCGCCACGACUCCAGAUUCGCCAAUAUCAACGGCUCAAACAAGGGUAAUUUCAGACCUGAAACUGCUCCAACAACCCAGCCAUCAUCCACCACCACUCUCCUUCCAUCACCAUCUGGACGUGCUCCACGAGCCGCUGCGAUCGCUGCUAAUCAGGCAAUGAUACAGCAGAGUCAGAAGCCAGUGACGCCUUCUACAACGACGAAUUCAUCGUCGACGUCUACAUCGUCAGCACCAUUGGGACAAUCGGAUAAUAACUUCCUGGAUCUGCUCGCCGAGCUGGCCGAGGCCGAGGAAGCUGGCAUACGGCCAGGACCGCUAGACGCCGUACCACCACCACCACGACCACCAUCCGCAGGGAAUAGAAAAGCUCCGAAAAGAGCAUCUGGAGGACAACAACCAUCAACGUCAUCUGCUUCUGCUGCCACAUCAUCUACAGUAUCCAAGAGAAGAGCUUCGAUGGAAAAGAAGAGCAAGAAGAGCGAGGAGCGAGAUUUGGAGCCACCAGCCAAAAAAUAA